GUUGGAAACUCGUUAAUUUAGGCAAUUUGUUCGUUUUUUUCUUAGAUAUUACACUAACAUUUAGUAAUAGUAAUAUACGUAAUUUAUUCGUAAUGUUGUUUUAGAUACGGAGAACGUUAAGGACACUGCGUACCCUUGCGAACUACAACUCCCAUCAGCGCCGGGAGUAAGGAAGAGCGCAAUCUAAGAUUCAGACGUGUUACACUGAAACAGGAGUUUGUGUCGAAGAAAAGAGACCUUCUCUAAACCCAAACCACUGCUCUUUUGCAAAUAUGUAUCGAUCAGAAACAUAAAGUGACAUAUUUUCUGCAGAGUUUUUUUUAGCUGUAAAUCAUCAUGGGGACAGUUUUUGCCAUUUUUCUUGUUUUUGUCGGAUGUUGUAGCAAUGUGGUGUCUCUGGAGCUGCUUGUAAGAGAGUUUCCAGGAUGCGGCAACAUCGUCACCUUCGCUCAGUUUGUAUUCAUCGCAUUAGAGGGAUUCAUCUUUGAAACAAACUUUGGGAGGAAGAAACCAGCAAUCCCUAUCAGUAACUAUGUGAUCAUGGUGACGAUGUUCUUCACAGUCAGUGUGAUCAACAAUUACGCUCUCAACUUCAACAUCGCCAUGCCGCUGCACAUGAUCUUCAGAUCGGGAUCACUAAUCGCUAACAUGAUCCUGGGAAUAAUCAUCCUGAAGAAAAGGUACUCGGCCAGUAAAUAUCUGUCUAUAGCUUUAGUGUCAGCUGGUAUCUUCAUCUGCACCAUCAUGUCUGCCAAACAAGUGAAUGUGGCCAAUGAUGGAUCAGAAGAACAAGGAUUUUAUACAUUCAUGCAUUGGCUUGUAGGUAUCGCCAUGUUGACCUUUGCUCUGCUGAUGUCUGCGAGGAUGGGCAUUUUCCAGGAGAUGCUGUACAAGAGUUAUGGAAAACACUCCAAAGAGGCUCUCUUCUAUAAUCACUGCCUGCCUCUGCCGGGCUUCCUGCUUCUCUCCACAGACAUCUACAAACACUGUGUCCUCUUCAGUCAGAGCACUCCUGUAGUCGUUCCUGUGGUUGGAGUCACCAUGCCGAUAAUGUGGCUUUACCUGCUGAUCAAUGUCAUCACACAGUACGUGUGCAUCCGCGGUGUUUUCAUUCUGACCACAGAGUGCGCCUCGCUGACCGUCACUCUGGUGGUGACGCUGAGAAAGUUCCUCAGCCUCAUCUUCUCCAUCCUUUACUUCCAAAACCCCUUCACUACCUGGCACUGGGUGGGCACGGCUGUGGUCUUCCUGGGCACUCUGCUGUACACGGAGGUGUGGAGCAGCGUUCAGACGGCUCUGCGCGGACCCGUCGUCAAGGACAAGAAGGCAGAGUGAAGAAGAGGGGACUGUACAAACAGCCACUUUGUUGGACUUAGAGAUUGUUUUUGGUCGACCACCCUGCAGCAGCGACUUUUAUAAAGCUAUAUCAUUUUGAUUUUAUCCUUGAUGACACAUCAUUGGUUAUAGUGAACCCCUCACACACAAACACAACAGGUUAAAGGAUGGUGCUGGCGAUGUUCUGUAUUUUUGUUAUUGUCAACAAUGUGAUUACAUGAAAAGCUGUGGCACCUCAGCAUAUGAGAGAUGACCCAU